AUGAGGUGGCCACCCUGCUCCCGCUCCCUGCUGGGGGUCUGCACCCUCCUCUCCUUGGCCCUCCUGGGGAACAUCCUGCUUCAUGACUUGGAGGUGGUCCCCCGAGAACUACAAGGCUUCUCCCAAGACGAGAUUCACCAAGCUUGCCAGCCAGGAGCCAGCAGCCCAGAAUGCCGUGGCAGCCCCAGGGCAGCGCCCACACAGUGCGACCUGCCCCCCAACAGCCGCUUCGACUGCGCCCCAGACAAGGGCAUCACCCAGCAACAAUGUGAGGCCCGCGGCUGCUGCUACGUGCCUGCAGAGUGGCCUCCGGAUGCCCAGAUGGGGCAGCCCUGGUGCUUCUUCCCUCCCAGCUACCCCAGUUACAGACUGGAGAACCUGACCACCACUGAGACAGGGUACACGGCCACCCUGACCCGUGCCGUCCCGACCUUCUUCCCCAAGGACAUCAUGACCUUGAGGCUGGAUGUGUUGAUGGAGACCGAGAGCCGACUCCACUUCACGAUCAAAGAUCCUGCCAACAGGCGCUAUGAGGUGCCCUUGGAGACCCCGCAUGUCAGCAGCCAGGCGCCAUUCACACUGUACAGCGUGGAGUUCUCGGAGGAGCCCUUUGGGGUGGUCGUGCGGCGGAAGCUGGACGGACGGGUGCUGCUGAACACCACGGUGGCCCCCCUGUUCUUUGCGGACCAGUUUCUGCAGCUGUCCACCUCCCUGCCAUCCCAGCACAUCACAGGCCUUGCCGAACAUCUUGGGUCCCUGAUGCUCAGCACCAACUGGACCAAGAUCACCCUCUGGAACCGGGACAUCGCCCCUGAGCCCAACGUGAACCUCUACGGAUCUCACCCUUUCUACCUGGUCCUGGAGGAUGGUGGGUUGGCUCACGGGGUCUUCCUGCUGAAUAGCAACGCCAUGGAUGUGGUCCUCCAGCCCAGCCCAGCCCUCAGUUGGAGGUCGACAGGUGGGAUCCUGGACGUGUACAUCUUCCUGGGCCCGGAGCCCAAGAGCGUGGUGCAGCAGUACCUGGACGUCGUGGGCUACCCGUUCAUGCCGCCGUACUGGGGCCUGGGCUUCCACCUGUGCCGCUGGGGCUACUCCACCUCUGCCAUCACCCGCCAGGUCGUAGAGAACAUGACCAGGGCCUACUUCCCCCUGGAUGUCCAGUGGAAUGACCUCGACUACAUGGAUGCCAGACGGGACUUCACCUUCAACAAGGACCACUUCGGGGACUUCCCGGCCAUGGUGCAGGAGCUCCACCAGAUCGGUCGGCGGUACAUCAUGAUCGUGGAUCCUGCCAUCAGCAGCUCAGGCCCUGCUGGGACCUACCGACCCUACGACGAGGGUCUGAGGCGAGGGGUCUUCAUCACCAAUGAGACUGGGCAGCCACUGAUUGGGCAGGUGUGGCCCGGACUCACCGCCUUCCCCGACUUCACCAACCCCGAGGCUCUUGACUGGUGGCAGGACAUGGUGACUGAGUUCCACGCCCAAGUGCCCUUCGAUGGCAUGUGGAUCGAUAUGAAUGAGCCAUCCAAUUUCGUGAGGGGCUCGGUGGAUGGCUGCCCGGACAACAACCUGGAGAACCCACCCUACACGCCAGGGGUGGUUGGCGGGACCCUCCGGGCAGCCACCAUCUGCGCCUCCAGCCACCAGUUCCUGUCCACACACUAUGACCUGCACAACCUGUAUGGCCUGACUGAAGCCUUAGCCUCCUACAGGGCCCUGGUGAAGGCUCGAGGGACGCGUCCCUUCGUGAUCUCUCGCUCAACCUUUGCCGGCCACGGCCGAUACUCCGGCCACUGGACAGGGGAUGUGUGGAGCAACUGGGAGCAGCUUUCCUACUCUGUACCAGAAAUCCUGCUUUUCAAUCUGCUGGGGGUGCCCCUGGUAGGGGCCGACAUCUGUGGCUUCCUGGGCAACACCUCAGAGGAGCUGUGUGUGCGCUGGACCCAGCUAGGGGCCUUCUACCCCUUCAUGCGGAACCACAAUGCCCUGAACAGCCAGCCGCAGGAACCGUACAGGUUCAGUGAGACGGCGCAACAAGCCAUGAGGAAGGCCUUCACCCUGCGCUACGUGCUGCUGCCCUAUCUCUACACGCUGUUCCACGGGGCCCACGUCAGAGGCGAGACGGUGGCCCGGCCCCUCUUCCUGGAGUUCCCUGAGGACCCCAGCACCUGGACUGUGGACCGCCAGCUCCUGUGGGGGGAGGCUCUGCUUAUCACCCCGGUGCUCGAGGCUGAGAAGGUUGAAGUCACUGGUUACUUCCCCCAGGGCACAUGGUACGACCUGCAGACCCAGGUACCAAUGGAGGCCUUUGGCAGCCUCCCACCUCCUGCACCCCUCAUAUCUACCAUCCACAGCAAGGGGCAGUGGGUGACGCUGUCUGCCCCACUGGACACCAUCAACGUCCACCUCCGGGCUGGGCACAUCAUCCCUAUGCAGGGCCCUGCCCUCACGACCACAGAGUCCCGCAAGCAGCCCAUGGCCCUGGCUGUGGCCCUGACCACCAGUGGGGAGGCCCAAGGGGAGCUGUUCUGGGACGACGGGGAGAGCCUGGGAGUGCUGGAUGGCGGGGACUACACGCAGCUCAUCUUUCUGGCCAAGAACAACACCAUUGUGAACAAGCUGGUGCACGUGAGCAGUGAGGGGGCCAGCCUGCAGCUGAGGAAUGUGACUAUCCUGGGGGUGGCCACAGCCCCCCAUCAGGUCCUCUGCAACAGCGUUCCUGUCUCCAACUUCACCUUCAGCCCUGACACAGAGACUCUGGACAUCCCUGUCUCGCUGACCAUGGGAGAGCAGUUUGUCAUCAGCUGGUCUUAA